AUGAUGGUGGCGUGGCCCUUGUACGCGGAGCAGAAGAUGAAUAGGGUGGUUCUGGUGCAGGAGAUGAAGGUGGCUUUGGCGGUGAAGGAGGAUGAAAAUGGGGUGGUGAGUUCGACCGAGUUGGGGGAGCGAGUUAAGGAGCUCAUGGACUCGGACAAGGGAAAAGAGAUUAGACAGAGGAUUUUCAAGAUGAAAAUGAGUGCUGCAGAAGCAAAAGCAGAAGGUGGGACUUCACGUGUUGCAUUGGAUAAGUUGGCUAUGUUGUGGAAACAAAGUUGAUUCCAUUUCCACACUUUGACACACUCCUCUAAGAAUAAGAUUACAAAAUAGUAGGUUUUCUUUUUCUUCUCUGUUCAGCUUUAGAUCACUCGUUACUUUCCUUAUUAAGGUUGUCUCUUUUUCAAAAAAUUAAAUUACUUUUUUCCUUCCCUUACUUUACAGGAAUGUAAAGUAAGACAAUUGAUGUACAAUUUAUAUGUCAUUCUUAAUAUAUAAUAUAGUUAUCUAA